AUGUACUACUGUACUACAGAUGUACUACUGUACAUAAUCUGCGAACUCUUCAUGACAUUUUUUAAGAAAGAAAAAAAAGUCACAUACAACCAAGACAAAUGUGGUGUGUUUGCUUUUGCCUCAUUGGUCUUGGGUGGGAAACCCCCCCCCAAACCCUUAAAAAGGAAAUCAACGCUUACAGUGACACUUAAGAUCUUGCUCACCUUGCUGCUGCCACCACUCCAAAUUACAGUUGAGCUGACAGCGAUGAAUCCUGAGGGUUACCCAGCUGAUGCUGUCCCAUUGCAGGCAGGGAGGUAUAAUGUGCCCCCUGGACAGCCUGGAGGACCUUCAGUGGUUCAGUACACCACUGUGAGUGUUCCCAUUGAGCCCCCCAAAGACCACAUCAUUUGGUCCCUCUUCAGCUUUGUCCACUUGAACCCCUGCUGCCUCGGACUGGCAGCUCUCAUCCACUCUAUCAAGGCCAGAGACCGGAAGGCGGUUGGAGAUCUGGAUGGUUCCCGACGCCAUGGCUCCACUGCCCGCUGCCUCAACAUCUGGGCCACAGUUGUGGGUUCCAUCCUGAUCCUCCUCAUGAUUAUUAUGAUCAUUUACAAUUUAAACAGUUACAGUUACAGCAAUAAUUAUCAUUACAGUUAUAAUGGGUAAAUUUCAAAUAGUGUGAGUGCUGUGCUGCUGCUGUGUCUUCAUGAUGCUUGUUUUUUUUUUGUUUGUUUGUUUGUUUUUUUUGCUUUAUGCUAUUGGCACAAUUUGCAACUUUUUAUAUAUUUUUACUUUCUUCCUGAAGCAAGAUUAAUUAGCUUUUUUUGUUGGUCUCAAAUGGAACUCAGCCAUCUUUUCUUGAUGACAAUUUUUAGUCCAGUUUGACAUUUAUGCCAGACUUUGUUAUUAAAUUCAGACUUCCUAUCAGCAAGACCUGUGUCACAGCAGUUUCAUCUGUCAAUAAAAGUUUCUGUUUCAUAA